UGCGAUAAAGAAGUUCAGAUCAGACGCGAUUUUGUUUAUGCGGUGCCGGAAAUGAUAAAAACAAUAUAAAUGGAUAUGGAAACGCAAGUUAUAGACACCGUCAACGAGUUUUUGAAGGUGGACUCCAUUGACGAGGCGUUUGUGAGCGUCAUUGUUUUUAAGCCAAAUGGGGAGCAGGAGCGGGCCACCAGUUUCGCCAAUGACUUGGUCACCGCCUUUGGGAAUGUGGCUCAGGAGAACCGGGACCAAGUACUUCGGCUUUAUCUGCUGCGAGCAGCCGGUGCCUCCGGUUAUCACAUUAAGGUGUUGAUGGCGGCACUGGUUAAACUGGUGGAUACACACGUAAUUACCGCCAGGAUGCUGUGCGACAAGGUAUUAAUGUGCGAGAAAUUGGAUUACGAGCACAAGACCUUCUGGGUCGAGAGCUUUCGUCUGAUUAAGCGCGUUAUCGUCCAGGUGGACUACAAGGGCGUGCGCGAGAUCAUGAAGGUGUGCCGUGACAAGGCCCAAUGGUUUCCCCUCAACGUGAACAUCACAUACAUGCCACAGCUGCUGGCCGUUGAGGAUAUUCUGCGUUUCAUUUUCGACCGCAACAAUUGCCUCCUGCCCGCAUACUUUAUUGCCAACGAGAUUAUGCGUCCAUUUCCUUACCAUUGGAAGCUCAAUCGCCUGAUGACCGACUUUGUCGAAGAGUUCCGCACCACAGCACAAAUGGUAUCGAUCAUAGGGCACGCCAGUAUGCUGCCUAUUGUGGAGCAUUUUGGUUAUGCUGAUCACAUGAUGAACUCCUGGCGGCUAGACCACAACACACUUAAGUUUAACUUUAAGGGCAGCCUGCCCUAUGAGCCCGAGCUACUCGAGGAGCAGAAACCCCUGCUUCGUUAUGUUUUGGAACAGCCAUACUCUCGGGAGAUGGUCUCGCAAAUGCUAAACUUGCAAAAGCAUCAGAAGCAGCGCUAUAAUGCGCUGGAAGAGCAACUAGUUAAUUUGAUAGUCCAGGCCAUGGAAAUGACGGAGGCGAAUGAUGCUACUGCGGGCAGUGGCUUCAAUGCGUCAGACGAACAGAUCACGCCCUACGAGUGGGUGUGGUUGCAUCUGUCUUCACAACUUAUCUAUUUUGUGCUCUUCCAGUUUGUAAGCUUUAUGCAUAUAGUCCUGGCGCUGCAUGAAAAGCUUUCGAAGUUGGAGCUCCGCAAGGGUCGUGACCAGCUUAUGUGGAUACUUUUGCAGUUCAUCUCUGGAAGCAUACAGAAAAAUCCUAUCACAAAUUUCCUGCCUGUAUUCAGAUUGUUUGAUCUUCUUUAUCCAGAGCUGGAGCCUCUUAAGCUGCCAGACAUUAACAAAUCCUCGAUGGUGCGGCAUAUGGCCCCCAUUUGUGUCUGGAUUCAUCUGAUGAAGAAGGCCCGAGUGGAAAAUAUGAACAUAACUCGGCCGCUACCUAUUGCGCUUAAAAACCAUUACGAUUUUCUCCAGCACCUGGUCACCCCGAAUACCAUGAUGAACAUGACUUUGGGAAACGAUUUUCGCAUCAUUCUUAUUUGCAAUGCAUAUUCGACAAAUCAAGAAUACUUUGGUCGACCCAUGGGACUGCUGCUGGAUGCUUUAAAUGGCACUUCAAAGUCUCCAAAUGGGGGCCAAAUACCAGCCGUAACGUUCUCGGUCACGGUUUUAGACAGCCUGACAGUACACAGUAAAAUGUCGCUAAUCCACAGCUUCGUAACACAGAUGUUAAAGCAAGCCCAAACAAAAGGACAAGUUCCUGCGGCGGCUCUGCUAGAAACAUAUGCCAGACUUCUGGUUUAUACAGAAAUCGAAUCGCUGGGAAUUAAGGGAUUCCUAAGCCAAUUGAUGCCAACUGUAUUUAAAAACCACGCGUGGGCCAUGUUGCAUACUCUGAUGGAGAUGUUUUCGUACCGACUGCACCAUGUGCCUACUCACUAUCGGGUCCAGCUGCUAUCCCUGCUUCACUCUCUGUCCUCUGUGCCGCAGACAAAUAAGAUGCAGCUAAAUCUUUGCUUUGAAUCCACUGCUCUGCGCUUGAUCACCAGCAUUGGAUCUGCCGAGUUCCAGCCUCAGUUUUCGCGUUACUUUAAUGAUAAAUCGCCUGGAGCGGUAGCAUCUAAUGAGAGCGAGGAGCUUAACCGGGUUCUCAUCCUUACACUAGCCCGAUCUAUGCAUGUGCACGGGGGAGGCGAUGAAAUGCAGGGGUGGUGCAAAGAUUUUCUCUCCAACAUUAUUCAGCAUACGCCGCACUCGUGGUCCAUGCAUUCCUUAGCCUGCUUUCCGCCCGCUUUAAAUGAGUACUUUACCCAAAACAACCAACCGCCAGAGAACAAACAGCAGUUGAAAAAGGCCGUGGAAGAGGAAUAUAGAACUUGGACUUCAAUGACAAGCGAGAACGAUAUCAUCGCACACUUCCUGCGACCAACUACGAAUCCCUUAUUCCUUUGCCUUCUGUUUAAGAUAAUCUGGGAGACAGAGAACAUAAGCCCAGUGGCUUACAAAAUCUUAGAGGGCAUAAGUGCAAGAGCGCUAUCCACUCAUCUGCGCAAGUUUUGCGAUUAUCUGGUAGCCGAGGUGGCUAGCUCAUCGGAUGGCCGGGACUUUAUUCACAAGUGUGUCGACACGAUCAACAACAUGAUCUGGAAGUUCAAUGUAGUGACUAUCGAUAGGGUUGUGCUUUGCCUGGCUCUCCGUACCCACGAGGGAAACGAGGCUCAAGUAUGUUUUCUUAUCAUUCAGCUGCUAUUAUUAAAAGCCAGCGAGCUAAGAAAUCGCGUUCAGGAGUUCUGCAAGGACAAUAAUCCUGAUCAUUGGAAACAGAGCAAUUGGCAAGACAAGCAUUUAUCGUUCCACCAAAAAUACCCAGAGAAGUUCGCCUUGGACGAGUCUGCUUCGCAGAUUCCUUUACCUGUGUACUUCAGCAAUGUCUGCCUACGAUUCCUGCCCGUUUUGGAUGUCGUGGUGCAUAGAUUUAUCGAGCUUACCAUUACGAAUGUCCACCAAAUUCUGGGUUUUAUAUUAGAUCAUCUGAGCAUACUCUACAAGUUUCAUGAUCGGCCCAUAACUUAUCUCUACAAUACUCUUCACUAUUACGAGCGAAUUCUACGCGAUCGGCCCGCGCUGAAGAAAAAACUGGUUGGUGCUAUUACUAGCGCGUUUAGUGAUAUUCGUCCGCCAAACUGGAGUGUUAGUGAACCGUACAAGGUUUUUCUGCAAAACCAAGACUCGAUGUGGACUCCUGAAUUAAGUUACUAUAUGAGCUUGAUUAGGCGCUUAGCAGACACCAUCAGUGGGAAAAAUGUCUUCUAUUCUACCGACUGGCGUUUUAAUGAGUUUCCAAAUGCUCCAACCCAUGCGCUCUAUGUGACCUGCGUGGAACUGCUGGGUCUGCCGGUGGCACCCUCCUUAGUGGCCAACAAUCUCAUUGAUGUAAUAGUCAGCGGAUAUGCGGUUAUUCCGCAGAAGGAUAUCCACAGCUAUAUCAAUGCCGUGGGCAUUGUUCUGGCGGCUUUACCUGAGCCUUACUGGAGUGGCAUAUACGACCGAUUACAGGAUAUGCUCAAUACACCCAAUAUGCUUAAUUGGACCUACAGAUUUAAUGCCUUUGAGUUGUUCAACUUUAAGACUGUACGUGAGGCUAUGCUGGAGAAGACCUACGCCGUGGUGUUGGCAGUAGCUCACUCUGUGUUUCAUCACAUGGGUGCUUUCAAGCUGGCUGCUAUGACUAGGUACCUCAAGGAAAAACUGAAGCCCUGCGUACGAACCGAGCAACAGUUAUUGUAUCUUUGUCACGUUUUUGGACCCUUCCUACAGCGUAUUGAGUUGGAAAAACCGAACGCUGUGGCCGGUAUUGCCGUCUUGCUUUACGAGAUUCUUGAGAUUGUGGACAAGCAGCAUGGACCAAAGCCAAUGCAGUAUAUGGACCAAAUAUGCGACUUCCUCUACCACAUUAAAUAUAUACAUGUUGGUAAUAUAAUCAAAAACGAAUCGGAGGCCAUCAUUAAACGGUUGCGCCCGCUGCUACAAAUGCGCCUUCGAUUCAUAACACAUCUUAACUUGGAGGAUAUUCACUCAGAAAAGAUCACCGACAAUGCCAACAAUAAUGCAAUGACAAGUCAAACACAAUCACCAUUGCAACCGCAACAUCAACAGCAGCCGCAGCAACUACAUCAACAACAGCAGCAGCAGCAGCAACAACAGCAAAUGCAAUUACAGCAGCAACAGGUGAAUGCAGUGCAAACAACCAGCGUCCCACUAGGCAGCGGUGGCAGCCUGCAACAGCAGCAGCAACUCACCCAGCAGCAACAAAUGUACAUGCAACAUAUGCAGCAGCAACAACAUCAGCACAUGCAGAACAUGAGACACAAUUAGACUACCAUAGACUCUAUAUUAACUGCAAGCAGACGUAAAAACAUAAGCCUUAUUUAAUAGUAUUAUUUUAUAAUGUUCCGGCUUUUUAAUAAUCAUCAAGUAAUCGUGUAAGUCGAAUUUCCAUGUAAUGUGUGAACCGUUCUCAAAUAUGUUAAGCGAGAGACUAAGAAACUUUUAAACAAA